CGAAUCGGAAGCGGAAGCGCGGCGGGCCUGGAGCCGGCGGCGGGCAGAUGGCGGAGAGCGGGCAGCAACCGGCCGGGGCUGCGGGAGGAGGGAGCGGGGGAGCCGGGGCGCCCAGCCGGCACGAGAAGAGCCUGGGGCUGCUCACCACCAAGUUCGUGUCGCUGCUGCAGGAGGCCAAGGACGGAGUGCUGGACCUGAAGCUGGCUGCAGACACCUUGGCUGUGCGACAGAAACGACGGAUCUAUGAUAUCACGAAUGUUCUGGAAGGGAUUGGGCUGAUUGAGAAGAAAUCAAAGAACAGCAUCCAAUGGAAAGGGGUGGGUCCUGGCUGCAACACGCGUGAGAUUGCUCACAAACUCAUCGAGCUGAAGGCAGACAUAGAGGACCUGGAGCAGCAGGAACAGGAGCUGGAGAAGCAGAAGAUGUGGGUUCAGCAGAGCAUCAAAAACGUCACAGAAGACGUGCAGAACAACUGGCUAGCUUAUGUGACACACGAAGAUAUCUGCAAGUGCUUCACAGGAGACACCCUCCUUGCAAUUCGAGCCCCUUCAGGCACACGCUUAGAGGUUCCCAUCCCUGAGGGCCCGAGUAGGCAGAAGAAAUAUCAGAUCCAUCUGAAGAGCACCAGUGGGCCAAUUGAUGUUCUCUUAGUAAACAAGGAUGCUUGGAGCUCUCCUCCAGUGGUGCUACCCGUCCCACCCCCUGAAGACCUCAUCCAGUGCCAGGCAGUUGCACCCUCAAAACCACAGAUCCCUCCGCUUGCCCACUUCCAGGAGGCAUCUGUUCCCAGCAGCACCCAGCCCUCAACGCCAACACCUUCCAGCACUCAGGAUCACAGCCCUCCUGAGCAGAAACACACGAACACAGAAUGCAGCAUCUCAGUGCUGGAGUCCAAGAGCAGCAGUGACCUCGAUCCCCUCAGCAAUGUGUCUGCACCCAGCAGCCAUACAGCCAGGCUGGACACGCAGCUGCUGCAGUCCUCUGCCUCACUGGACAGCAGCUCUGUCCUACCCAGCCCCUCUGCCUCCUUUGAGCCAAUCAAACCUGAUCCUGAAGGAAUGCUGGAGCUUCCCAAAGAGCUGUCAGAGAUGUUUGAUCCAACGAGAGAAUGUAUGAACUCUGAGCUGCUGGAGGAGCUGAUGUCAUCUGAAGUGUUUGCUCCCUUGCUCCGCCUCUCCCCCCCUCCUGGAGAUCACGACUACAUCUACAACCUGGAUGAGAGCGAAGGUGUCUGUGACCUCUUCGAUGUGCCUGUCCUUAACCUCUGACUCCUCGGCGCGGCUGUGAGCCUCGCACACACAGACCCUUUUGUAACUCUUUGGAAAGUGUCUAUUUUUGGAUUCCUUUUGUGCUAGAGCUCGAAUCAGAGAAACUCUCACAUGAACUCAGAAGCAAGAGAUGUGGACUCGGAGGCCGGGAGCCUCCCCGUCACUUCUUUCUCCUCCCGUCUUGCACGUGCAAGGACUGACCUCGCCUUGCUGCAUCUCUCUCUUCACUGGAUUCUGGGCAUGGCUUCAGUGGGUCUGUGAUUUGUUGAGUUUGCCCAGGUGCCUCUCCAGGCUUCCUCAAAUCUGCAUGCCUUGGUUUUCCUGCACUCCUAGAGGCACUUUGCACCUCCUAGGUACCAGCUGCUACACGGAGCCCUGACAGCAUGGCCAGUUCACAAGCCUGGAGGUAGUUUCAGUGUGGGUGCUUAUAUCCCAGAGUGACAUCAACAAAAAGCAAAAACCAAUGGCACCAGAGGUUCCAUUUGUUCCAGUGACUCCAAUCCAAGCCAGUACGUUUUACAAGACAAAGCACUUUUCUCUGUUGGCUGCCCCUCCCAAUAGGACCCGGGAGCUGAGCAGGAAUGCUGGUUGUCCCCUGGUGUUGGCCCACCUGACGCACAGCCCAACACUGUGCUGUUCCUACAGGGCUGAAGAAGGGUGCCAGUAUUAAUGUUUUCUUACUAAUGAGUUGCUUGAAAAGGUUAAGACUGCUCCAGCUGAUGCCUUGAAGGUAUUCAAGUACAUCAGACACCUUGUGUUAGCAUCUAGCUGUUCUCCAGCGUUGCACUUGAGCCUUCAACUGUUGUAAAGGCCACCAAGCAGGAAUGGUGCAGUAGUGCUUUGCCACGAUGAGUUCCACAGGUGUUGUCAAAAUAGUGUUUUGUUCCCCCCCUCUAACCCUCCCACUUCUGUUCCUCCUUACCAUGUGCUCAGGGUCGGCCUUCCUACAGAGAUGGAUGUUCAUGCUGUGCUCCCUGAUCCCAUGGCAGGUUGCUGCACGAUGCGAUGCCUUUCUGCAUCUUUCUUGUCCCAGCGUUGCUUUUUAGCAGGUGUGUUGAGGUGGCUUUGCAGUGUUUUUUUGUCUUUCUUUUGGAUGAGCAGCCAAUGGAGCCCAUGCAUUUCUUUUCUUUGCUCUUGUUGGAGAAAAAACCCUCCUGGAUUUAUUGUACUUUGCAAACCGUCCCCCCAACGUUGCUUUUGGGUCUGAUUUGCCUAUCAGUUUUGCACAUCUUCCUGCCAACCCAGCCGUCCCAUGGAGCCUUUCCUGCCCUGUAAACUGCCAGAGCUGCAGCUCACAGCCAGCACCAGCAGUGAUGGGCUACAAAUGGGAUGUACCCAACUCUCAGCACCUGCAGAGGUGAGAAGGCCACAUGCUUGAGUCCCUUCUUUCCAAAGCAUCUCCCCGGUGCUUUUUUAUCCUUUGUGGGACUCCUCCAACAGACCUGCUCCUUUCUGCCUCCUGGGGACACAGCAGUACCCCGUAGGAUAGGAAAAACACAAUGAAUUCAAUAGGAAUGGACAGCCUCCAGCCUCCAUCCCUUUUUAGGUGAAGGCAGUGGGUGGGAUGGAGACACACGAGUGCUCCAGCAGCCCUUCCUUCCUCUGCCACCCCUCACCUUCAUCCCCCCCCCCCCCCAGCACAUUAAUGUUUGCCACAGCUCUGGAGAGAUAAAAAAAAACAAAGAAAAAGGAGGAAAAAAAAAAAAAAAAGCUGUAGAGAAGAUGAACUGAUGAACUUUGAUUCCUAUAUAAAGAUUAUUUUUAUACUUUGGGGUUGUUUUGUUUUUAUUUGCAAAGGAAAUGAAAAUUGCCUGUAAUAUUUGUACAGUUGUUGAGUGAAUAAAAGAACCCUUUCCAGAG